CUGACAAUAAUACAAACCUCUGAAUCUUUCCUUCGCAUACCCCUUCUACAGUUCCGACAUUUCCACAGUUUCGCUUACUGGUUAGGUAAUCAAGACUAUCUCACGACAAGAGGCGCUGUGGCUAUGUUAUGGAAACGGUUACUGGUAUUGUCUUCAAUUCUUGUGGGAUGUUGCGCUCAGACGUUAUCGGCGUCCGAUAAUGGAGAACCAACCGAUGCCCCGUCCUCGACAAUGGAGGAUGGAAUGCCUAGCAGUACUACGACUACGGGACAUGCCACACAUACCAUCAACGUGGGGGCUGCGGGGCAUAAGUUUACUCCCGAAGAUAUCAAGGCAGAUGUCGGCGAUAUAAUUGAAUACCGUUUCUAUCCAGACGCACACUGGGUAAUCCGAGGAGACUACGAUAAUCCAUGUAUCCCAUAUGAGUAUGUGGAUACAGACAGGAGCGGCUUCUCAAGUGGUCCUGAGCCGGUCAAAGCUAUCACUGACGAUGCGCCCCGCUACCGUGUAAGAGUAAACAACACUGAGCCCAUCUUCUUUUAUUGCGGCGCCCCUGGAUCUUGUGUCAGGUAUCAUAUGAUGGGUGUUGUGAAUCCGUCAAAGAAUAAAACUUUGAAAGGUUGGCUUAAAAAUGCAGCAGAUGUGGAUUACCAAUUAACACCCGGCGAACCCUGGCCAAAGGAAGAGGGCUUCAAAACCUCAACCACGUCUGCAGUCCCCGAACCGACCACAUCUACAGCUCCGAACGAAAGCAGCAGUUCCUCUCCUGUCAGCGGAGGGACAACUGGUUCAGAUAAUGGACUCCGCGGUAGUGCGAUUGCUGGCAUAGUGGUUGGCAGUGUCGCUGUUCUUGGUAUCAUCAUUGGAGGAAUCUAUCUGUGCGGUAGACGUUGUGGCUUCAAUGAUGCAUAUCACAAAGCGUUCAACAACCACACCAUACAUAGUGGUCUGGGUGGAACGACGCCUGUUACUGAGGUCGACGUCGGAUCACCAAACAGUACAAUGCCAGGGUAUUGGGUGUACAAACCCACAAGUCCAACCGUCAACACCACCGGUCAAAGUCACCACACAAGCCCGCCGCUAUCGCCUUUAUAUGAUUUUCCGCAGGAUGUUGGAGCGAUGACGACGCAAAACCCAGGCAAUAUGAAUACACAUUAUAUCCCUAGUCCUAGUGACCUCACGCCUCGCCCGCCGGCUCCUCCACCCAAAGAGUUGCCGUUCGGAGUAGCUGAACUACCGAGCCACAGACUGCAAGAACCACCAGUUGAACUACCAUACACAUCAAGUCCAGUAAACCAGGUUUGA